UUGAAUCCGGCUUCUCCCGGGAGCGCAGGGCGCACACAGGGUUAAGUCAGGUCCCUCCCCCGUCGGAGGGAGGGGCAGGGAAGUGGGGGGAAAGCAGCCCAGUGUCUCCGGCUGGGUACCUUGUAGUUAGUUGUACGUUGGAAACCUGUCGCCGUCACUUUCGAGUUUGGCAUCUUCCAUGGUCGCCGCAGAGGAACGAGCGCUCCGAGACGACAUCGGUGGCCGAAGUCCCCGCGCCACGGCUCCGAGCUGCUACCGCGCGGGUGCGUCUCUGGUCCUAGGUCCGGGGUAACCAGCAGCAGCGAGGCCACAGCUCCGCGCCGGCCGCCGUGCCCACCCAGCCCCGGGACCAGGUUGGCAGUUCUCAACGAUGGGCAGGAGGGACCUUGGCGGCGACCCCUAAAACAAUACCAUGCCCCGGGAGCCCCGCUGCUGCCGCGCCAGCUUCUUUCCUUUCCACCUCCCCGACCCGGUCGGAUUCGGAUGAGCCCGCGACAAGGAGACGCGGACACCAGGUUGCGGAUCAAGCUUAACCGAGAAGGUCAUAGGUUGACUAACGCUGACCGGAACUACAACCAGAGAAGGGUCUUCCGCCUGCCCAGCUGGGCCCCUAUUGAGCGCUCAUAACUCGGCUUCCUUUGUUGCCUGUGCAGAAAAUUAUUGCUUGGAGCAUCUGUAUAGAAAAUUUUCUCUGUUGAAGUUUUUUUUUCCUUUCUUUUCUUUUUUUCUUUUUUCUUUUUUUUGCACAUGGAGGACAAUAGUAAGGAGGGCACCACAGGCUCAUAAGACCAGAGGCCGCAGGAAGAUCUUUCUAGCGUGGGCCUUUGGGACUUUUCCUCUGGUUGGAUUUCUGGACUUCGACAGAUCCCAUCCAAUCAUUUUGCUUUUGCUUUUUUUUCUUCUUCUUCAUCUUUUUCUUUUGCUCAGCACAUUGUAUUUCAUUUCUGGACUUCAGAAAUGGGCCUGCAGACCACACAGUGGCCCAGCCAUGGGGCCUUCCUCCUGAAAUCUUGGCUUCUCAUUUCCCUGGGGCUCUACUCGCAAGUGUCCAAACUCCUGGCGUGCCCCAGCGUGUGCCGCUGCGACCGGAACUUCGUCUACUGCAACGAGCGCAGCUUGACCUCAGUGCCUCUUGGGAUCCCGGAGGGCGUAACCGUACUCUACCUCCACAACAACCAAAUCAAUAACGCGGGGUUCCCUGCAGAACUGCACAACGUCCAGUCGGUGCACACGGUCUACCUGUACGGCAACCAACUGGAUGAGUUCCCCAUGAACCUGCCCAAGAACGUCCGCGUCCUCCACUUGCAGGAGAACAACAUUCAGACCAUCUCACGGGUGGCUCUCGCCCAGCUCCUGAAGCUGGAAGAGCUCCACCUGGAUGACAACUCCAUCUCCACGGUGGGGGUGGAAGACGGGGCCUUCCGGGAGGCCAUCAGCCUCAAGCUGCUGUUCCUCUCCAAGAACCACCUGAGCAGCGUCCCCGUCGGGCUCCCCGUGGACUUGCAGGAGCUGCGAGUGGAUGAGAACCGGAUCGCUGUCAUCUCAGACAUGGCCUUUCAGAACCUCACGAGCUUGGAGCGCCUCAUUGUGGACGGGAACCUCCUGACCAACAAGGGCAUCGCCGAGGGCACCUUCAGCCAUCUCACCAAGCUCAAGGAGUUCUCCAUGGUGAGGAACUCGCUCUCCCACCCCCCGCCCGAUCUCCCAGGGACGCAUCUGCUCCGGCUGUAUCUGCAGGACAACCAGAUCAACCACAUCCCCCUGACCGCCUUCGCCAACCUCCGCAAGCUGGAGCGCCUGGACAUCUCCAACAACCAGCUGCGCGCGUUGACCCAAGGGGUCUUCGACAACCUCGCCAACCUGAAGCAGCUGACGGCGCGGAAUAACCCGUGGUUCUGUGACUGCAGCAUUAAGUGGGUCACCGAGUGGCUCAAAUACAUCCCUUCCUCCCUCAACGUGCGCGGCUUCAUGUGCCAGGGCCCCGAGCAGGUCCGGGGGAUGGCCGUCAGGGAGCUGAAUAUGAAUCUUCUGUCGUGCCCCACCACGACCCCGGGCCUGCCUGUCUUCACCCCAGCGCCCAGCACCGCGGCUCCGACCACUGAGCCGCCCACUCCCGCUGUCCCCACCCCUGGCAAAAGCUACCCGCCUCCGACUCCGACCACCUCCAGACUCCCCACGAUCCCCGACUGGGAUGGCAGAGAAAGAGGGACCCCGCCCCUUGCGGAGCGGAUCCAGCUGUCCGUGCAUUUUGUGAACGACACUUCCAUUCAAGUCAGCUGGCUGUCUCUGUUCGCGGUGAUGGCCUACAAACUCACGUGGGUGAAAAUGGGCCACAGUUUAGUCGGGGGCAUCGUUCAGGAGCGCAUCGUCAGUGGGGAGAAGCAGCAUCUGAGCCUGGUCAACUUGGAGCCCCGAUCCACCUACCGGAUCUGCCUGGUGCCCCUGGAUGCUUUUAACUACCGGGCCGUGGAGGACACCGUUUGCUCGGAGGUCACCACCCUCGCCUCGUAUUUGAACAACGGCAGCAACACUGCCUCCAGCCACGAGCAGACGACGCCCCACAGCCUGGGCUCCCCGUUCCUGCUGGCGGGCCUGAUCGGGGGCGCCGUGAUCUUUGUGCUCGUGGUCUUGCUCAGCGUGUUUUGCUGGCACAUGCACAAAAAGGGGCGCUACACGUCCCAGAAGUGGAAAUACAACCGCGGCCGGCGGAAAGAUGACUACUGCGAGGCGGGCACCAAGAAGGACAACUCCAUCCUGGAGAUGACGGAAACCAGCUUUCAGAUCGUCUCCUUAAAUAACGAUCAGCUCCUUAAAGGAGAUUUCAGACUGCAGCCCAUUUACACCCCAAACGGGGGCAUUAAUUACACAGACUGCCACAUCCCCAACAACAUGCGAUACUGCAACAGCAGUGUGCCAGACCUGGAGCACUGCCACACGUGACGGCCCGGGGCCAGCGUCACGCCGGCGCCCGGGGACACUCCCGGGAACACACACGUGUGCGCGCAUAGAGACACGCAGAUUACAUUUGAUAAAUGUUACUCAGAUGCAUUUGUGCAUUUGAAUACUCUGUAAUUUAUACGGUGUACUAUAUAAUGGGAUUUAAAAAAAGUGCUAUCUUUUCUAUUUCAAGUUAAUUACAGACGGUUUUGUAACUCUUUGCUUUUUAAAAUCUUACAAAAUAUAUAUAUAGUUGCUGAAGUACUGUACAGGGUUGUACAAAGAGAACCCAACGCCAAGGCGAGAGAACCGGUGAUUCUUCCUUCCGAUGCACAUUCACCACUUUGCUGUUGACGCUGUCAGGAUCCAUUCCUUUUCCUAGAGCUGGUGGUCAGAUGAAAGGGGCCAUGAAAAUGGACUCAUCGGGGUAGGAGAAAUAAUAGGGGUCAAACAAAGGAUGACCCAAAUAUCUUCAUGCUAUUUCUAUACUUCCUGGUCUGGAAGAAAAGUUAAAAAAAAAUGCCAAAAUCUAAGAAAGGAGGUAGUUACCCUGAUUUGAC